AACUUGGAGUGUGAGAAUCGUUCCUCUUGCCCUCUGUCUUCACACACUGCUGCCCAGUUUGUCCGUGUGUGUGUGUGCAUGUGUGUGUGUGUGUGUGCUGCUUUUUCCUGCACUCUCUUUCUCUCUCUCUCUCUCUUUCCCCCCCUGUCUCUCUUUCUCUCGCUUGCUCAGAGACGUGCAUGCAGCGACCGAGGGGGGAGAGAUAGAGAGAGAGAGGGAACAUUGGGGAGAAAACACAUCGCAGCAGAGAUGCAGCAGGAGGUUUUUCGAGAUUUGGGCUGGUCAUGGUGUCCGGGGAGGAGGUGCGGGACCCCAUUCAUGCGGGUCUUUUUCAAUCUCGUCUGAGUGAGCAACACCUGGCUGUUGGGUUAGCGCCCCUCUGCAUCGUCACACAUUGCCAAGCUGAGGACAUCACUGGCCAGCAUUUGUCUUCCCUUCCAUUGGCUCUCGUGACUGCAGACCCCCUUCCAUCUCCCAGUUUAAAGAAGGCCAACACAGACACUCAGUGUGAGGAACAGGAGCAGCAGGAGAAAGCUGAGAGGCCGGGGAUGAAGGGGAAAAAGCAUGGUAGCCGAGGAGAUGCAAUGAUGGAGGACAGGCUGGAAAGCAUGACCGAUGGACCUAAAAAUGCAAAAAUCACACUAAGCUUCCCACUUAGCGCCGGGCCCCUCCCGGCCUCGCUGACGUCACCCAACUACUGUCGUAAUGCCUCGUCAUCCUCUUCCCCGCACAGACGGCGGCCUUCCUCUAAAAGCUCAGAUGAGGGGUCACUAUGGAAACUAGACUCCACCAUGGACGUAAAGCACAGACCUUUUAAGCCCCCGAGGCACGACAGCUCUCCGUCCUCCUCACCACCUUCCUCCCCCAUGACAGUACAUGCACUUAUCAGGAAGGAUUUAAAAUCCCUGCCUCCUCUCAAGUGCUCCAAACUCUCUCCUGAGAGGCAGCUUCACAAGUCAGCGCCGGGAUCGUCAAGCUCCUCUUUAGCAGGCUCUUACGGCGGAGACGGGUGGGACGAUCGCCAUAAUACAGCCAACGGUACACCCUCGCCCUCGCAAACAGCCCAGAUCCUAUUCAGCCUGGGCGCCUCAACCUAUCAUAGAGGAGGAGGCGGGGACGGCGAAAGGAAAGAUAAAAUAACAGGGAGACCAGCUGGGAAGCUGGGAAGCCCUCAUGGACCAAGCUUACACCCACCCACACUACACCUCCCGCCCCCGCUGCCACCACCCCCUCCUCCCCCGUCCGAGGAUCUCACCGCACCCCCCCAUUCAUCAUCUUACUCCCCAACUGACAGCCUAAAACCCGAGCUGAUUUGCGGUGUGUGCCAUCGUCUCUUCAGCUCAGCCUCCUCGCUCACUGUUCACAUGCGGCUGCAUCGUGGAAGCCGCGCCCUCAGCUGCCGUUUCUGCAGCAAGGUCUUCAUUCACAGCAAGAGACUGCAUUCCCAUGAGGCCUCCUGCAGGGUGUCAGGCCUGCCCUCACAACUCAGCCCAUCACUCGCAGUGCAGCCAAAGGAAGAGCCCCUGGAGGAGGGUGAGGUGAGAGAGGAGGCGGGAGAAACAGACACGAGCAAGGCCAGGCUGGGGAAAAAAGCCACUAGCUUGCUGGCUUGUAUCCAGGGCGAUGAUGCAGCAGACACAGAACUCCUAGCCGCUGAUGAGAGCCAUUUUGUCAAGGUGGUGGAUGGCAAUGUCAUCUAUUUCUGCUCGGUCUGCGAGCGCUCCUACAUGACGCUGUCCAGCCUCAAGCGUCACUCCAAUGUGCACUCAUGGCGCCGCAGGUACCCUUGCCAUUACUGCGACAAGGUUUUUGCACUGGCCGAGUACCGCACCAAGCAUGAGGUGUGGCAUACGGGAGAGCGGCGCUACCAGUGCAUUUUCUGCUGGGAUGCCUUCGCUACAUACUACAAUCUGAAAACACACCAGAAAACUAUUCAUGGCAUCAAUCCAAGCCUCAUCUCCAGUGAAAAGACAGCCAAUGGUGGCUACAAACAGAAGGCUAAUGCCCUCAAGCUCUACCGCCUCCUCCCGAUGCGCUCACAGAAGAGGCCGUACAAAACUUACAGUGACACUUUGCGAAAAAACUUGCUAAUGUCACCAACUGAAGACUCUUCCCUGUCCCUGCCCGACCUGGCUUGUGCUCUGGGGCCCACAGACCUACAAAGCUAUAUCAGUGGGGCCCAGAGUGUCAAGCCUGACCCAGAUAGUUUCCCCAAUGACAUCCCUGUUUCUGUGGGCGCUGAAAACAAGGACCUCUCCACGCUGCCGCCUUUCCCCGAAGUAGACACGUCCCAGCUUAAAAAUCUUGACGGUGAGGCCCAAGACUUAGAGCAAAUUAAAGGCAGCUCCAAAAUGUCCAGCAGCAGCAAAACCAAAAGUCACAAAGCAGUAAGAGGCACAGACUCAACAAGCAUGCCCUCUGUGAUCACAUAUGGCCACACCAAACCCUCUGUCAUAGUUCAUGGAACAGCCGUGUCAUCCUCUGUCAUCAUGCACAGCAACCAGGUCUCUCCUAGAAGUGAAAAAAAUGAUUUUCCAGAACGCAGCGACAGUCCGCCCUCACACAAGGGUUCUGCAAGAUCAUUAAAGAGACGACGAGACAGUGCAGACAGCCAUAGAAAAAGGUCCAGAGACAACUUGGAUGCAGCAGGAAAGAGACAGGAUGCGGACACAGACAAGUCUUCUUUUAAGUCCCGAAAGUCCUACAGCAAGAGUGACAACUCAAAGCAGCCCACACCGUCUGUGGGGUCACAGGUCAGAGAGACGGGCCCGCUGUGCCAGAUCACUGUGCGUAUUGGCGAAGAGGCCAUAGUGAAACGCAGCAUCUCAGAGACUGACCUUAGGAGAGACAAAAGCCGCUCACCCCCCAAAAACAAGAAAAGUGAAACAUCUUCACUGCAUCACAAACACCAUGUGCACCGAAGUGCCAGCCAAGUGGAGGAGAACAACACAGGAGGAGAAACUAAGGAAGAGGCUGCAGAGAGCACUGUUGAGCCCCCCGAGGACGUGAGGGAGUACAACUUUCGACAAAAAGUUCGCGAGCAGGACAGCGACCACGACAUGGAGGACAACUUGUGGCGGCCUUACUACUCCUACAAGCCGAAGAAAAAAACACAGGCGCACCUGCAGAGGUUUAAGAGCUGGCAAAGGAAGCUGAAGUUUAAGCGUGCUUUGCGGCUGAAGAGCCGAGCAGAGAGGCUAAAAAAAUGUGGGAAUACGGAGACGGAGGACUUACAAGAUGAGGGACAAGGCGUAAAGCUGCCAGAGGCUGACAUGGUAGAGAGUGAAAGCAAGGAGGGACAAGUGAAGGAGGACCACGGUCUUGAGCUCCCCACUUCUUCACUGCCCUCCCCAAAGACUCCUCUCGCUUCAUCUGUGGACCCUACAGGACCUAAAAGGCGGCCGUGGACCAAUGGGAACGCAGCAGAGUGCUCUACUUGCGGCUGCUGGUUCUCAAACUCUAGCAAGCUAGACCAACACGAGCUGAGUCACCUGCUGGAGUUUGUGUGCCUCUUCUGCCGAGCCACUUUUCCCUCCCGAGACAAACUAGAAGACCACCAGAGGAAUCAACAUCCCAAGCCCCCUGACCUCUCCUCCGCCCUCCACAAGGUGACACUGGGUGAACACCCUGAAUGGGUCAAACAUGUGGCAGAUUGUGGUGAGGAAAAGGCAGAUCAAGUCAACUUAGGUGUGAGUAGUUCCAGUCCAGCUCGCCUUAGCAGGAGAGCCUUAUCACGGCACACAUGUCCACAGUGUCACAAGGUGUGCAAGACGUCCUCUGCACUCGCUCGUCACGUCCGCCGCCACGAGUUCAACAGUUCUCCAGAGAGAGAAAAGGACGAUGAUGUUUUAGACCCAAAAACAAAGGCUGUGAGCAGAGAUCUAGUCCGUGAAAAAGGCCAAGUGGUUUCAGUUAUCAGCUAUUCUACAGCUGAAAUCCCCAAUGGGGGGGAAUCUUCCGAAUCACUGCAGCAUGCAGACCUUCAUUCUGAACCAAUGCCCCAACAUCAGCCAGUAAAAUCUAGUUACGAGCCUGCGCUGGCCCAGCUCACGCCCCAAGCACCUGAGAAAAAGCCCAGCCCAAAGAUUGCAGAAACCAUAUUUGAGACCCCAAUGAACCUGACACGCAGUACAAGCCAGCUCUCCCCAGCUACGCCCCCUACCCUGCAGAGCGUGCUGGUCAUGAACAGGCCCGAAUGUUUGGACUAUCGCACCCCCAUCAAAAAGAAUCUAGACCGAACAGUAAACCCUGCGCACACAAUAGUGCCCGCCAGCACCUACGCUCACUUGCCUAUGACACCACAGACCAGAAUAACCACUGCUUCUCCCCCUGUUUCCAUGACCACUGUGAACAGCUCAGAGGGUGGAUUUGUGAAACGGGAUGGGGUCAUUAUGGACAAAGAGAGGCAGACGGGGGGCACAGUGUUUCUACAUGCAGGUUAUAAAGAACCUGUCUUGGUCCAAGAUCACAGAGUCCAGUCCCUGUCUCGCAGUCCGUCUCCCAAUGAAGCACAAGACCUCACCAUGUCCUCCAUACUGGCUCGAGAGAGGGAGCUAGAGAAUCAGCGAGAACGAAAAAAGGUGUUAGAGAAAAAGAGAGAAAUGGAGUGGGACAAAGACAUGGAGAGGGUCCAUCACAUGAGUAGCCUUGCACAGACGUCUGAGGACCAAACAACGCUGUUAGUCCCAAAAGAGGAGCCCUUGAGUCCUGUGCCGUCGCCUCAACACAUUCCCACUCAGACCACUACAAAUAGACCCCCGUCACACAGGAACACUACAAAUUCCGCAGCAGCUAUUGGACUCUUAGCGCCGGCCAACCAGCAGUCCACUUUACUAGGACUGGACCGGUUCACACUUCCCAUUGGAGCUGCUGGCGCUGGGGAUCGCCCAUCUGCCCACGCACUCCUCCUUCCUCGGGUACAAAAACCACCUGAGCCCGAGCGUCAAGACACUUCCCUAGAUGACCAGCAGGUGGAUCCCCCGCCAUUGUGCUACCCUAUACAGGAUUAUCCCCUGCCUCUUAUUGUGCCAGACAGCUAUCAUCCGGCCAAGAAGUAUGAGGACAACCUGCUCAUGCCCUCCUAUCCUGUUGGAGCGCUUCCCUACGGCCCUUUGGGAAAAGUGAUGAUGCCAAAUGGUGCCGACUUGGCCAAGGUCCCGUUUUAUCCAGAUCCAUACCAGCUCCUCUACGGGUCCCAGCUUCUGGCCUACCCGUAUAGCAUGGCGGCUCUUCCCGUGGCUCUCAACAUGAUGGCUCCCGGCACGGACAAGGUUGAAUCCCUGCCUUUCCUCCCAGCCAUCUUUAACUACGCAGCUGGCGCAGGACCCUACAUGGGUGCUGCACCUCACCCGUUGGUGGCCAACCCCAGUCUCUACGGUGGCGGUAAAAAACAGAGAGACGGCGGAAGCAACAAACCAUAGGAAUGCCAUAAGGAUUCUGGACAGGCCUGUUUGGGUUGGGAGCGGGAGGGGUGCAUAGGCAAAUUAAGACCAGAGGUCAACAUCCAAUCAGAGUAGAUGUGGCAGGAAGGAGAGGAAGUAAAAACAACAAGGGGAGGUCAAUGUUAGUAUCAUCACUCCCUUCCCUCCUUCCGUCUUUGUUGUUUUGCCGUAAUGUGUCGUAGAUCUAGAACUUGAUGAGUCAUCCUCUCCAACCUGCUCUAUACUGUACCUUACAUCUGAAAAUAAGAACUGCUUACAGGGUGUUUUGUGUGGAAAAAAACAAGCUUCUCUGUAUUAUCGCCCCCCCCUACCAAGAGAGAUGCCUUUUUUGUGGGAAGGGAAGGUGAUUAAUCUUUGUCACAGCUGACGCUUGAAGUGACUCCAAACGUGUUAUAUGUUUGAACAUGACCACAUCUGCGGAGAGCAAAGCUUGUACUGCAAAUGAAGGAAAGUUUUUUUGUGCGUGUGUGCGUGUGUGCCUGUGUGUGCGUGCGUGCGUGUGUGUGUGUGCGCGCUAUGACUAAUGGGAAGUACGUAUGAGUGGUUCGGAUGAUUCCGCAUUAGAUGCACACAACGUUCUUACUUUAGUCGGAAUAACAUUUAGAGUAUAGAAGGGAUACGUGGUCAAUAAGAAGCUUAGAUGGCACAACGACAGUGUAACGUCUCGACACACCAUGUGACUUGGUGACCAGACGGCACUGUAGGAUCUGUAUAGCAUUCACCAUAGUUUAUACCUUAUGUGCACACGAUUAGAAAAGUAGUGGUCACUUAAAGGGGGCACUUGUAGCUGCUUUGGAUAUGUAGCUGGUCACUGGGUAAAGAAUUGCCGACUGGUAGCUUUUGCACUUCCCUUCAUCUCUAUUCCUUUACAUAAGAGGAAUUAAAGAGUUAGCUUUGAUCAUUUUUUCCCCCUCUUGUGGAAGUGGAAAUUGGCUCCAUCUCCUCAAGCAGGGUGAGGAAAGUGACAACAGCAAGGAAGGUAUAAAAAAAAAAUCUAAUGGAUUCAGGGUAUUGAGUUAUUUCUGGAUAUAAGGAAGCAAAUGGGCAGGAAAGACUUCUGAGUUGACAAUGAGCAGCCAAAGUGACGGCCGGACACCCCCAGAUGCCCCCCUGGGGUCAAUGUCGCUAUGUUUUGUGUUAUAUCUUGUAUGUUCAACUACGUUGUUGUGGAGGUGGCUUCAAGGGGGCCUGAACCUAAAAAUAUGAAUGUAAAUUUUAGUCAUGCGGUUAAUGAAGUACAGCUGCAUUAAUGCUAGACUCGGUUUCAGUUCUUUUUUUGUUUGUUUCACUCCAAUAAUCUAUUACAAACAGUAUAAUGUCUUGUAUGCAUAUAUCCAUUAGUCCUAGCAGACAUGUCAGUUAACUUGGGUUCUGUAUCCACAAAAGCAUGUGCCACACUUACUUCCUAACUGUUUGUAUGCUCAAGCAAUUCUGGCAUCAUGCGCACAGCAUUUCCUUUGCGUUACGUCUCAAUCUUCCAAAUCUGUGUUUAGAUUGCCACUGUUGGCCUGCAGUUGGACACUUCCAAGCAAUUAGGAGGCACUUUUUGGUUCCAAGCAGGGGUGCGAAAACACAGCAUGACUGAGCGCAGGGGCUCACGAGCGAGCGUUCCCCGGGGUGCGGUUACAAGCCUUUUGCGUGUCUUUUGGGGUGGACAAGGGUGAGCGAUGAAGCGAGUGAGAAAACCAAAAGCAUCGUAUCCCUUGGUUAAUACUAAAUGGGCCAUCUGUGCUUUUUUUCCUUCUUUUUUUUAAGUUUGUGUGAAGAUUUAAAAAAGAAAGGAAACACCUUGCUCUCUCCAACGCAAUAUUUCAAUCCAUUCCUGUAGAUGGACAUAUAUGUGUUUCUGGACCAUCACGGUUGUCAUACAGACCAAAAGCAUGCCAAUUGACUCAUAUUGUAGUGACUGGACUGGAAUACAAAUUGUCUACUGUACGUUUUAGUUCUAAUGAAUGUGCCUCUGCUUUGAUAUUUAAAUCAUUAUCUAAAGUUACUAUUAAGAUGUGGAUUUGCCAGAAUUCAGCUGUCAAGGUGCCUUGUCACGGCAUAAGAAAUUAGAUUUGUAAAUGAGGGUUUUUCUUCAAAUAUAAUUUGGAGAUAGAUCUCAUGGCUUUGUUCGCUAUGAAGUUGUUCAUAGAUGUAUGGGUGUGGCUAAACUGUUUUGGUAUCGUGUAUUAUGUCUAGGAAAAUACUGUGCCAUAGAAAGCCCACAAAAUAUCUUUGUGUUAUUUUUAAAAAAAGAUGUUUUUAUGUUGCCUGAGGACUUUGUCUUUAGAUUUGAUACGAAGGCUUGUCGCCACAGCUCUCCCAAAGUCGGUAGUCUCCUUUUCCAAUCCCUUCCCUGUUUCUGUCUUUUUGCUGCAAUCAAACAGAAUAAAGUAUUAACCUGAUGACCCAAUGACAAA